CAGGUCUGCCGUGUUACAGUCACAAGUGUCGCAAACGACAGAGCCUUUAAAUAGGCGUGACCACCGGGUUUGCUGCUGCUGCAACUUGAGAGGAGUCCAACUUCGUGUGAACAAUGUCGGAGCCUAUCAGAGUUCUGGUGACCGGUGCUGCUGGGCAGAUUGCCUAUUCUCUGCUAUACAGCAUUGCAAAAGGAGAUGUAUUUGGCAAAGAUCAGCCAAUCAUCCUGCUCCUGUUGGACAUCACACCAAUGUUGACAGUUCUUAAUGGUGUGGUCAUGGAGCUGCAGGACUGUGCCCUCCCACUGUUGAGAGAGAUUAUUCCCACUGACCAAGAAGAGGUGGCGUUCAAGGACUUGGAUGUAGCCAUUUUGGUGGGCUCCAUGCCCAGGAGAGAUGGCAUGGAAAGGAAAGACCUGCUCAAGGCCAACGUGAAAAUCUUCCAAAGCCAGGGAACGGCUCUUGAGAAGUUCGCAAAAAAGACUGUGAAGGUGCUGGUUGUAGGAAAUCCUGCCAACACCAACUGUCUGAUUGCAGCCAAGUGUGCUCCCUCCAUCCCUAAAGAGAACUUCUCCUGCCUCACACGUCUGGACCACAACAGGGCUCGCUCUCAGGUGGCAAUGCGCUGCGGUGUUCCUGCCACCCAGGUGAAGAACGUAAUCAUCUGGGGAAACCACUCAUCCACCCAGUACCCAGAUGUGCACCACUGCCUGGUCAACAUCUCUGGUAGUGAGGUGCCCUGCUACGAUGCGGUCAAGGACGAUGCCUGGCUACAAGGAGACUUCAUAUCUGCGGUUUAGCAGAGAGGCGCCGCAGUCAUCAAGGCCAGGAAGUUGUCCAGCGCCAUGUCGGCUGCCAAGGCCAUCUGUGACCACAUGAGAGACAUCUGGUCAGGCACCCCUGAGGGAGAAUUCACUUCUAUGGGAGUUUAUUCAACUGGUAAUUCGUAUGGAGUCCAGAAAGACCUUAUCUACUCGUUUCCUGUCCACAUCAAGGACAAGUCCUUUAAGAUUGUUGACGGCCUCCCCAUCAAUGAUUUCUCCCGGUCCAAGAUGGACGCCACGGCCGCAGAGCUGAUCGAGGAAAGAGACACAGCUCUGGCUUUCCUGGACUUAUGACUAGACGGGGCAGCGCCACCACCAGUGACAGAUGACUCCAAGACUCCAGAUGCCCGUCUGUGAUGAACCACUCCACCAGCCCCAUGCAUCGAGUGUGUGUGUGUUUGUGUGUUUGCACCUGAGAUGAAGAGAGAACAGGUUAAUGUUCUGUUGGAUUUAUACUCGUGUGUUUUGGACGUAUACAGGAAGAAGAGAACAUGCGCCGCACUUCCACCAAUUGUAAGAAAUGUACAACAUUAUAAAAGAGUUAUAAACCCAGUAA